GUCCUGGUUGGUUGUUUUAUUUUUUUUCUCCAAAAUUUUAACCCCCUCCCCCCCUGAGCCCGAGGUGCUGACGUCGCAAAAAAAUUGGAUAAAACCUCGAUCAUGGGUUCGGGUCCCAUAGAUCCCAAAGAGCUUCUCAAGGGCCUGGAUAGCUUCCUUAACCGAGAUGGGGAAGUCAAGACGGUGGAUGGGAUUUCCAAGAUCUUCAGCCUGAUGAAGGAAGCACGAAAGAUGGUGAGUCGAUGCACUUACUUGAACAUUCUCCUGCAGACCCAGUCACCAGAAAUAUUGGUCAAGUUUAUUGAUGUUGGUGGCUACAAGCUGCUUAACAGUUGGCUGACCUAUUCAAAGACAACCAACAACAUUCCCCUCUUGCAGCAAAUUCUGCUGACCCUGCAGCACCUCCCGCUCACUGUGGACCAUCUCAAGCAGAACAACACAGCCAAACUGGUGAAGCAGCUGAGCAAGUCAAGUGAGGAUGAAGGUAGGGGCCAGUCCUUCCUCAUGACUGCCUCUUCGUUAUUUUCAUGUCUCACUCCCAUCCUUGAACUGCCCUGUCACUCCUUCUUACUUCACUUUUACUUUCCUUUUUUAAAAAUUGAGCCUCUCUAACCUGUCACCCUUUCCUGUUCUCAAUUCCAAAUGGGAUUUGUCCAUUUCUCUACUACUGAAUGUAAGACAAGAUCCUAUACUUCAGCAAGAAGCUGAUUCUUAAUAUCUCUUGGUGUAAAAGGUAUACACUUAAAAUUCUUUGGAGAAUAAUAGUGUCAUCCAAGAGAGUGUCCUUAUCAUUUCCUUUUGUUUUUCUAAAUAAAUACAGCAUAUUCUGGGACCCUCAGUGUGUGUUUUCCUAACAAUAGACAUAUAGUUGUACCAAUAAACACUUUCCUUUAGGACAUAGGCAGAAAGAAUCCUGACUGCUGGAGUAGAUCAUA